CGGAGCCUGUUCUCGCGGGAUUUUCCAAGACCGCGUUGGAUGUUGCAGGGGUUAGGAAAGGGCGGCCAGAGCCUGAGAAGGAGGUUUCGGGGCCGCUGUGCCCGCCUCCUGCCCUCCACCGACGGCGGCGAAGCCCAAAAGGACUAGGUAAUCGCCGCCUUGUCAGCCUCACACAGCGUCCCCUGGCUCUGCCGCCGCUCCGGACGUCGCCCUCCUCUUCUCCUUGGGUCCCUUCAGUCGCUACCUUUGCUGGGAUCCCCCUCCCCCCGUCGCCUGGCUUUGGGUUGCUGGAGAGCGAUGCUCGGAGGGCGGCCGGAAGUGGCGUUGGCCGCCAUUGGCCCGCCGGCCGAGCACCUCGCAGUCCUCUGCCGUCUUCCGGGUGUUACGUGCAGCUGGGCUCGGCCCCGCCCCCUGGCCGGAUGGAUCCCUCGGCGCCACAGCCCCGCGCGGAAACCGCCGGCAAAGACAUAUGGCAUCCAGGAGAAAGAUGUCUUGCCCCUUCUCCAGAUAAUGGAAAAUUUUGUGAAGCAAGCAUAAAAUCUAUCACAGUGGAUGAAAAUGGCAAAUCAUUUGCAGUCAUCUUAUAUUCAGAUUUUCAAGAAAGGAAAAUACCUCUUAAACAGCUGCAAGAAAUAAAAUUUGUUAAAGAUUGCCCCAGGAAUCUUAUAUUUGAUGAUGAAGAUUUGGAAAAACCUUAUUUUCCAAACCGAAAAUUUCCAUCGUCUUCUAUUGCUUUUAAAUUAUCUGAUGAUGGAGACUCUAUUCCUUAUACCAUCAAUAGAUAUUUGAGAGACUAUCAAAGAGAAGGAGCCCAGUUUCUUUAUGGACACUACAUCCAUGGAAGAGGGUGCAUUCUUGGUGAUGACAUGGGGCUUGGAAAAACAGUACAGGUUAUUUCAUUUCUGGCUGCAGUUUUGCAUAAAAAGGGAACUCGUGAGGAUAUUGAAAAUAACAUGCCAGAGUUUUUACUGAGAAGUAUGAAAAAGGAACCCUCUUCUUCUACAGCAAAAAAGAUGUUCUUAAUAGUUGCUCCUCUUUCUGUCCUCUACAACUGGAAGGAUGAAUUGGACACCUGGGGAUAUUUCAGAGUCGCUAUUUUACAUGGAAACAGAAAAGAUAAUGAACUAAUUCGUGUAAAGCAGAGGAAAUGUGAAAUUGCUCUAACAACUUAUGAAACAUUGCGCUUAUGCCUGGAUGAACUUAACAGUUUGGAAUGGUCAGCUGUCAUUGUGGAUGAAGCUCAUAGAAUCAAGAAUCCAAAAGCCAGAGUAACAGAAGUUAUGAAAGCUUUGAAAUGUAAUGUCCGCAUUGGCCUCACUGGAACCAUUCUUCAAAACAACAUGAAGGAGCUGUGGUGUGUUAUGGACUGGGCUGUGCCAGGUCUUUUAGGGAGCAACUCCUACUUCAAGAAGCAGUUUUCUGACCCAGUAGAACAUGGUCAGAGACACACAGCAACCAAGAGAGAACUAGCCACUGGCCGAAAGGCCAUGCAAAGACUUGCCAAAAAGAUGUCUGGUUGGUUUCUCAGGCGCACCAAGACUCUUAUCAAGGAUCAGCUGCCUAAGAAGGAAGACCGGAUGGUGUAUUGUUCUUUGACAGAUUUCCAGAAAACUGUCUAUCAGACAGUGCUAGAAACGGAGGAUGUGACUCUGAUACUUCAAUCUUCUGAGCCUUGUACCUGUGGCAGUGGCCGAAAAAGGAGAAAUUGUUGUUAUAAGACCAAUUCUCAUGGUGAAACAGUGAGAACCUUGUACCUCAGUUACCUUACAGUCCUUCAGAAGGUAGCUAACCACGUCGCACUACUGCAAGCUGCGAGCACCUCCAGACAGCAGGAAGCACUUAUCAAAAGGAUAUGUGAUCAGGUAUUUUCCAGAUUUCCAGAUUUUGUGCAGAAAACCAAAGAUGCAGCCUUUGAAACACUUUCUGACCCUAAGUACAGUGGAAAAAUGAAGGUCCUUCAGCAACUUUUAAAUCAUUGCAGGAAAAACAGAGAUAAAGUUCUUCUCUUUUCUUUUUCCACCAAGUUGCUUGACGUGCUACAGCAGUACUGUAUGGCAUCUGGGCUGGAUUUCCGGCGACUUGAUGGAAGUACAAAAUCAGAGGAAAGACUCAAGAUUGUGAAAGAGUUCAACAGUACACAAGACGUUAACAUUUGCCUUGUCUCUACAAUGGCUGGUGGACUAGGCCUCAAUUUUGUUGGUGCCAAUGUUGUUGUAUUAUUUGAUCCUACUUGGAAUCCGGCCAAUGAUCUUCAAGCCAUAGACAGAGCAUAUAGGAUUGGACAGUGUAGAGAUGUGAAAGUGCUUAGGCUGAUCUCCUUGGGAACUGUGGAGGAAAUCAUGUAUUUACGACAGGUAUACAAGCAGCAACUUCACUGUGUGGUGGUUGGAAGUGAAAAUGCCAAACGAUAUUUUGAAGCAGUUCAAGGAUCAAAAGAGCAUCAAGGAGAGCUUUUUGGGAUCCAUAACCUCUUCAAACUAAGGUCUCAAGGGUCAUGUCUUACAAGGGACAUCCUGGAGAGAGAAGGCCAAGUGGAAGCAGGGAUCAUGACAGCCACAACAUGGUUGAAAGAGGGACCUCCAGCACACAAACUAGAAAUGCCUACAGAGCCUGACUGUCAGGAACGCAGAGGUCCAGAGCAAGCUGCAGAGCCACUGGCAAAGGAAGUGUAUGAUUUCUGCAGCGACUUCAGUGAUGAAGAUCCAGUGGGAGUUGCAGGAGUACAGACUGCCAAAAACAAAGCACCCGAUUCAAGUAAAGCUUCCGCCUCUCCAGGACAGCUUACUUUACUCCAGUGUGGUUUCUCGAAAUUGUUUGAGACAAAAUGUAAAGCAGUUGAGGACAGUGAUGGAAAUACUGCUUCUUCUGAUGAAAGUUCUGAUGAGCAGCCCAUAUGCCUUUCAACAGAAGCCACAGUAGCUGAUUGUGAGAAAAAUCAGGACUCUCUUGGUACUUCAAAACAUCAGAAAUUAGAUAACAUCCUAAAUCUAAGAGAAAAGUAUAUUUUUUAUAAAAAUGAGAAGAUUUUAGAACAGAAAAUUUCUUCUAAGUCUGAUGAUGAGAAAAAAUUUAGAAAUACAGAUAAACAUUGCAUUUUACAGAAUGUCUCAGAAUCAGAAGAUAGUGAUGUCAUCUGUCCUACACAAUAUCCAACUGAGAGAUUCCCCAACAAUAGUAUAAAGUUUAAGCCACCCUUGGAGGAAUCUGAGGAUUCUGAAACAGAACACUCUGUAAAAACAAGAAAUGAUGAUGAUGGUCGAAAGACUGGUGACAGAAGAGAUGGAAUAAUUUCAAAAAAGUUAAGUCCUGAGAACACAACCCCGAAAUCUAUUUUGAAAAGAAAAGUCACUAGUGAUAUCAGUGAUGAAUCUGAUGACAUUGAGAUUUCUUCCAAGUCAAGAGUAAGAAAGAGAGUUACUAGUUCAUUGAGGUUUAAGAGAAGAAAGGAAACCAGGAAAGAACUUCACAGUUUUCCUAAAACAAUGAGCAAAACAAACCAAGGACGUGCAAGAGAUGAGGAUCAUAACUCUCAAUUUAUUGAUGAUUAUUCAUCCUCAGAUGAAAGUUUAUCCGUCAGCCACUUCAGUUUCUCUAAACAGAGCCACAGACCAAGAACUAUAAAAGAUAGAACCAGUUUUUCUUCAAAAUUGCCUAGCCAAAAUAAGAAAAAUAGCACUUUGAUGCCAAGAAAACCAAUGAAAUGUUCAAAUGAGAAAGUUGUCAAUCAAGAGCAGUCAUAUGAAUCAAUGGAUAAAUUUUUAGAUGGUGUUCGGGGAGUGGCUUAUAUUCACUCCAACCAGAAUGUGAUUGGAUCGAGCAAAGCUGAAAAUCACAUGAGCCGAUGGGCGGCACAUGAUGUAUUUGAGUUGAAGCAGUUUUCCCAGCUGCCUGCUAACAUAGCUGUUUGCACUUCUAAGACAUAUAAAGAAAAAGCAGAUGCAGAUACAUUGCCACACACAAAGAAAGGCCAGCAACCGAGCGAAGGCAGCAUUUCACUUCCUCUUUAUAUUUCACACCCUGUAAGCCAGAAGAAGAAAAAAGUCUACCGUACAGACCAGACCACCUUCAUAAUUGGAGAAACACCAAAAGGAAUCCGCAGUCAAUCAGAAUCAACACUGUACCCCCUUCUGCUGCAGUCACAUGAUCAUCUGAGGCCUUCUGUCCCACCUCUCCUUCCAGAAGCUUAGGCAGACAGAAGAUGAAGUGAGUUGUGUUCCACCCCGCUUCCUCCAGAGAGAGAGAGGAUUUUGAAUUAUAUCCAUGAUACAUAACUGCUUUUAAUACACUUGCUGAAAGAUACUUAUCUUUGGUUUCUUUUUCUCCCCUUUCCCUAAGUGGGUUAUGGAAUUCCACUUUACUCAUCUUUCUUCACAGAGUGGCUGCCUUAUGCAUAACUCUGGUUGUACCCUGUAGUUUCUUCCACUCUUAGAGAAAAUGCUGGAGGCCCAGAAUUAGGAAAGCUAGUUGGAAGGCAAAAAUAAAAUGAGUGAUAAUUACAGCUUAUCCUGUAAGUGGCAACCAUGUGGCAGAGUGUACUUGCAGACCACUCAGAUAAAAUGAGGCUAGAGCACCUCUGUGCCCAGAGGUGACGGGUCAUGGAAGAGGUCACGGUUUCAGCACAGCAGAGGUGAAGUGACUUUGGCAGCUGCUGAGACACCACAAGUCUUGGAUAAAUAAGACAUCAGCUUAUAACCUUGCCAAUCACUUAAUCUUUACAAGCACAAAUAUUUAUUAGAAUGUCCAUGAAAAUGGAUUUAGAGAUGAUUAAUACACAAUAAUAUCUCAUUACUUCAUGUGAAGUGAACACUGGAACCUCUUAAGAGCAUGCUUGUUACUUUCCAACAAGAAUGUUGGCAGUUUCCAGGACAGAAAUUUGGUGUCUUGUGUAUGUGUUAUUAAAUAUUCUGUUUAUAUAUAUGAGAUGAGAGUAUACAUGCUGAUCAAGCAUGUAUACUAUGUGGAUUGGGAGAAGUUAACAAGACAGUGGAGUGAGGACUAGAAGCCAUGGGCCCAUCUGAGGCCACAAAGGAAACUUGUGAGCAUGCUUUAUGGUCUGCCACUAACAGCAAAGGAAACACAAAAUAUAUAACCUGGUCUACGUGUCAAAAAUAAAAGUGGCAUCGAAGCUUCUACUUACAUACACUAAAAGUAAAUUACUGUUUUAUGCUAAGUGUUCUCUGUUGUCAUAGGAUAAAAUUCAAACUUCUGAACUUGGCAUACAGAUGCCUAUGAUUUGUAGCGUCUUCCAUGCAGUUUCUCCUGCGCCUCCAUGAACCAGGUUAUCUUGGACCCGAGGUACAUGCGCCUCCUCCCCCUGGGAGACUUCCUCACUCAUCAUUACCUGACCCACUUGUCAGGAAGAGAUGCCUUUUCUACUCACCUUGCCUACCACCAGUCACUAAGCUAGGUUCCCUUUCUAUGAGUGCCAGUAGAGCCCCCAUAUUUACCUCCUGGUAAAUUUACAUUUUGGGUUUAUCAGUCUAUUCUAGUUUGAUUUUCAGGCGUUUGUCUCCACCAGGUAAACUGUAGACUCCUCAAAGAUAGGAAACAGAGUCUUAUUUGCUGUUAUAUAGUUCAUGCUGUAGUACCUAGCACAUAACAGGCUUUAAACAUUUGUUGAGUGAAUAAAUGAACGUUUUAAGGAA